AGGGAAAUUAGAUGCAUGGAUUUAGGUGGGGAAGCUCUCGGUUCUUACAAGGCUCGCCAAGGAGGCUGUACGCACAUACAGUUCUUCAAUCACGCUGAAUAUCUCAACUGUACCGGGUGCGGCAUGGAGUUUUCCAAAGUAAUGCUUCGCCAGAAUGCCUACAUCGAGAUCAAAGGCCUCCCUUCCUAA